AUGCCGUCACCGUCGUCCAUGGUGCGAGUGCUGUCGUCGCGCACGGUGAGGCCGCCGUCGCCGUCGCCGCGGCCGCGCGAGCGUAUCCCGUUCACCUCCUGGGAUGCCGCCUUUCUCUCCGCCAACUACAUCCAGAAGGGCCUCCUCUUCCACAAACCCAAAGAUCAGGCGGCGCUCUCCACCACCGCCCACGUCGUCGACCACCUCGCCGCCGCCCUCGCCGACACGCUCGCCGUCUACUACCCCGUCGCCGGCCGCUUUGCCACCGAACAACACAAGGACGACACCGGCAACGUAUUGGGAUGCUCUGUGCACAUCGACUGCGACGGGCAGGGGGUGGAGGUGCUCCACGCCGUGGCCGACGGCGUCUCCGUCGCCGACGUGGUCCCGCCCGACGCCGACGUGCCGCGCGACCUGGUCGGGUCCUUCUUCCCGCUCGACGACGCUGUCAACUACGACGCCGUCGACCACCCGCUCUUCGUCGUCCAGGUUACGGACCUCGCCGACGGCGUCUUCGUGGGGUUCGCCUACAACCACGCCCUCUCGGACGGCACCGCCUUCUGGGACUUGGUCAACGUCUGGGCCGCCACCGGCCGCGCCAGGCUCGGACUCGCGCCGCCGCCAUCGGUGACGCCUCCGGUGUUCAAGCGCUGGUCAGCCGACGGAGGAGCCGCUGCCCCGGUGGUGCUGCCGUGCACCGACGUGUCGGAGCUCAUCGAUCGGAUUCCCCCGCCGCCGCUGCGCGAGCGGAUGCUGCACUUCUCGGCCGAGUCGCUGGUGGCGCUCAAGGAGCGGGCGCGCCAAGACCUCUUGGCCGCCGGGGACUCCGUCAGCGCCGCCGCGCUCACGCGUUUCCAGGCGCUGUCGUCGCUCCUCUGGCGCUGCAUCACCCGCGCCCGGAGGUUGUCCCCGGAGCAGGAGACCACGUGCCGCGUCGCCAUCAACAACCGCGCGCGGCUCCGGCCCCCGCUCCCGCAGGAGUACUUCGGCACCACCAUCUACGCCAUCGGCACGGAGCCGGUGCGCGCGCCGGAGCUGCUUGAGCGAGGGCACGGGUGGGCGGCGGCGGCCGUGGGGCGGGCGGUGGCUGCGCACACGGACGAAUCCAUCCGGGCGCGGGUGGCGGCGUGGACUGCGAAGCCGAUGGUGUACACGGCGCGGUUCUUCGACCAGACGGCGACCAUGGUGGGAAGCUCGCCGCGUUUCGACAUGUACGGGUGCGACUUCGGAUGGGGCAGGCCCGUGGCGGCGCGGAGCGGGAAGGGGAAUAAGUCCGAUGGGAAGACGUCGCUGUACCCCGGGCGGGAGGGCGGGGGCAGCAUGGACGCGGAGCUUACGCUAACGCCUGAGCACAUGGCAGCGCUGGAGGAGGACGACGAGUUCUGGGCCGCCGUGACGCCGGACGCGCCGGUGCGGUGACCAAGGGGAAAGCUUAAAUUUUCUUGACUUUCAGCUGACAACCUAAAGUGACGUUGCUAAUGGCUGCGUCCGAGGAGGAAUUGUUAACCGGCAGUCGUAUUUAUUACUCCAGUUUAACACCAAAA